GGGACAUGGGAACAUCCACAGAGAGCCUGCCUAAGGUCUCGGUUAAGCGGCUGAGCAUGUUCCAGUGGCAGGUGCAAACCGACUGGUUCGAGUUCUGGUUUCCGGAUUGGGACUGGGCGGACUCCUGUUAUAGACGGCGCAUGAGUGUCGUAGCUGGGAUAUCAAUAAGAACUAAGAAUCUAGGUGUGGGGACCCUUCUAAACCGGCGGACGGUAAUCACAUCAGCGAACAUUGUAGAACCGUAUUUAGAUAACGCAGAAGAACUCCGCGUCUGGGCACUUGGUCGAGGGACUUACUACUACACACCUUUCAGGUAUCGAGUUUGGCGAGCCAGAAGAGUCAUACCCAAGAGCAACAACCCAGAACACGAACACGGCCCAAGAGGCACGCAUAUUCCGAGACACGACAUCUCCAUCAUACACACCAGAGAGCAAAUGUACUUGUACCCAUACUUGCCCCGCACGUAUCACUAUUCAAUAAGAGCCAUCAUCCCCCCAAAGCACAUGACACUUCCGGAAGACAUGAUAUUCGCAGGGUCAGGUUACGAAGACCUAGAGCAUAUCAAGGAGAACUACAAAAUAACUUAUCAGGCGCUGUUGAAAAGCGAGAUCGUCGACUGUUCCCGAUACGUCGUCAAAUGGUGGGGUAAAUUUAUAUGUUUUAAGGGUAAUUACGACCAGAAAAGAAGAGCUGGAAUACCGGCCGGAGGGCCGGUAUUGACAGCCCAAAUGCAAAUUGUGGGCAUAGGAUGUUUUGAGAUAAGGUACAAUGAAGAUCGUAUAGCGGUGUUCACGGAUGUGAGGUACUACGUUGACCACAUUUAUGUAUUGUCCAAUAUCACUUGGGGGGAGUACUAUGACUAUGCUUAUCAACUUUAUGGUAAUUAUUUAAGUUGGUUUUGGACGGGGAAAAAUCAGGCUUUCAUACCGGCUUGGACGAGUUAUAUUAUGCAUGACAACUUUGCUCCAUUGGGAAAGUAACUGUAA